AUGACUGCUGAGACUCAGCGCUUGAACCGCGAGUCUUAUUUGCAAUGGAUUCAGGGUCUCGACGCCUUCCUAUUUGAUUGCGAUGGAGUAUUGUGGCGAGGAGCUACUCCGAUCCAAGGCGCUGCAGUCGUGAUCGACCUCUUGCGCUCACUCAACAAGCGCGUCGUCUUUGUGACUAACAACGCCACUAGUAGCCGAGCGACAUACGUGAAGAAACUUGCAUCUCAGGGUAUCACUGCUGUCGAAAGUGACAUUGUCACCUCGGCGUGGGCUACUGCGCAGUAUAUGAAGCUGCAAAAUAUCGAAGGCAAGAUCUAUAUUAUUGGAGAGGCUGGUCUCAAAUCAGAGCUAGAACUGGAGGGCUACCAAGUCAGCGGUAUGGAACACAGUGACAUCAAGGGCUUUCCUCACGUACCGGUCAUCGAUUUGGAAACAAAGGCGGUUGUCUGCGGUCUGGACAGAUACCUCUCGUACUUCAAGAUGGCAUAUGCAACAGCGUGUGUCCGCCAAAUCCCUGGCUGUCGCUUUAUCGGCACUAAUCCGGAUUCCACAUAUCCAGCAGAUGGGGCCAUAGUUCCGGGAGGAGGCUCCUUAGUUCGUAUGCUUGAAUGCGCUAUUGGCCACCCUCCUGAGGCUGUGUGUGGCAAGCCUUCGCAAGAUCUUCUGCAGACAAUCAUUGCUACGUAUAAUCUGGAUCCUGCACGCACAUGCAUGGUGGGUGAUCGUCUGUCGACGGAUAUAGAGUUCGGUAAUGCCGGGGGCUUGUCUACGUUGCUGGUUCUGACUGGAAUCACCCAUGAAUCGGAACUGGGCAGCAUCGUGAACCCUCUUCACGUGCCUGACUACUACAUCGACUCAAUUGAUGCGAUCAAUCAACUUCACGCUGGCACGCUUGACAUUUAA